AGCAACUGCAGAACAUGCAGUCAAAACUUCAUGAACUUUGAUCACAUUAAUUUUGUAACGUUCAUGUAGUCGACAAGUAAGCGCAAGUCGGACAUUUUUUAUCCAUAAUUGCAACACAUUUUGAAAGGUUGGUCACCGACUUGACAAAAGGGAUCCGCUCAAACGCGCCCAAUGUAUGACGUUUUAGAGAUUCAGAAGGUACAUAUAAGCGCACGUGGCUCCACUCAUUGUGGAACUUGUAGUCACAUUAACAUGCUAGAGAGGCACUUCCGGAACCAUUGUGCAUCACCAGAACUGCACUACCCAUAUAUCAUUCGGGUUAUCAAGACUGUCUCAGACACGGAAGGUAAAGAAAAGUGCGGUACUGUAGAAGAUCCGAGAGGAGUUCACACUGCAUCAAGUCUAAAAGUUGUGAUCUGCUCUGGAGUCCAGGUACACUUAUAGACAGCCUCCAUCUGUCCUUCUAUCCCACCUUCCAUCCCUCCCUUCUCUAAUUACCAGACCCUGGGACCGUGAGAAGCAAGCGAGGUUGAAGGUCUGCAGUCAUCACCAUGUCUACAUUCCGUUUUGGACAGCACGUCAUCAAGGCCUCAGCAGUGUUUCUACAAACUGAGUUGUCCUUCGCCCUGGUCAACAGGAAGCCUGUGGUGCCUGGACAUGUGUUGGUGUGUCCUCUGCGGCCCGUUGAGCGUUUCCGAGACUUGCAUUCUGAUGAGGUGGCUGACCUCUUCACCACCACCCAGAGAGUGGCUGACCUGGUGGAGAAACACUCAGGCUUCCUCCUCACCAUCGCCAUGCAGGAUGGCCCUGAAGCCGGACAAACUGUGAAGCAUGUUCACGUGCAUAUCCUCCCCAGGAAGGCAGGUGACUUUGAGAGAAAUGACAACGUCUAUGAUGAGCUCCAGAAGCAUGACCGUGAGAGUGAAGACGUCCCUUCCAGGUGGAGAACGGAGGAGGAGAUGGCAGCAGAGGCUUCUGAUCUGAGGAAACAAUUCAGCUAAACUGUCCUGUAAAGAACCACUUUAGGUCUUUCUCUAUAAAGAAGGCUACAUUGAAAAUGUUUUGCCCAUGAUGUUAAAGUUGUUGUUGAUGAGUGCUUUAGUUGAAAUAGAAGGUUCAUGUUAGUGACUCAUGACUUAUUGUGUUUUGUCUUUUUUCCAAUCCAGAAUCUCUAUAACGACAUCUUGCAAUGUUUCUAGUGAUUGUGAAGUGGAUAAUUCUUCAGUUGACACUGUUGUUGGACAAAGCAUUUUGAACUGAACUGAUGUGGUUGAUUACAGUUCAUACAUCUUUAAAUGUAAUGUGUGACUUGUAUUAUUACCUCAGAUGUUUUUUUGUGGUGUUUUUGUUGUUCUCCUUAGAAUUUAUUGGGGUUAGACUUGUACCAGAGUUAUUGUUGUUGUUUUAUAUUCCAUGAGUGUCACAACAUGUAAAUGUUGAAUUAUUCAUCAAUCGCUCUCCCUUGCAUCAGUUCUUAAUCGCACCAAGUCAGUGCUCAUAACAACAUUUAAAGGCCCUCUAAACCCCACAGUCACAGCUAUGAACAUGCAUGUGAGCACGUCCAUGCAAAGCGGAGCUAAAAACGAGUGGAUAAUGAAGGUAACAUGUGGUUAAUAAAGAGGAGCAGCUGCUCUGGGAUCUGUGAAAUUGUCAAAUCAGAUUUAGUGUGCCGUAGGAGACAACAAGCCUGCCAAAGAGUCAGCUGAAGGCAAUAUAUCUGCUUCCACAUUGACAGAGGUCAUAGUAGUGGAAAGCAGAGAUGUUGUUGUUGCUGGUUUUUCUUCAUAUUUGUGAUUAACUUUAAGCAUCUGAUUUGGAAAAAGGUUUGCUUUUCAUAAUAAUCAGUUUAGUUGAGUUUAUUCAGAUCCCCAUUAGCUACUGCACAUGCAGCAGCUCCACUAUCCCGGGGUCCACAUAAAACAUACAAAUACAUAGCAAAAAAACACAAUAUAUCACAUUCAAUUAAAAUAAGAGUUGUAUAUAUAGGAAGUUCAAGAAGAGACCAAAAACAAUACCAUUUACAGUGAGAUAAUGAAGGCCUGAAACAUUACGAGAAGCAUUUUGAAGCCUAAUUUCAGUUUUCAGUUUGAUACACUUUCAUUUCCUUCAACUCAGUUGUAAAGCGCUUAAAAGCAUUUCCCUGCACUCUUAGAAAACAAAUAGUUCCAAAAGGGUUCUUCGGCUGUCCCCAUAGGAUAACCCUUUUUUGGUUCCAGGUAGAACCAUUUUGGGUUCCAUGUAGAACCCUCUGUGGAAAGGGAUCUACAUGGAACCCCAAAUAGUUUUACCUCAAACAAAAAAGGGUUCUUCAAAGGAUUCUCCUAUGGGGACAGCCAAAGAACCCAUUUAGGUUCUAGAUAGCACCUAUGUUUCUAUCAGUGUUGAGUCCAGGGAAUGGGUUUUGUUUGGUACAAGGUUGAAAAAUUGACCAUAAUAAAUGGUGUGAAUUGAACUCCACCUCAACAUUCAGUAAAGUGGCAUUAUGAUUGAAACAAUGACCACAGUAAUGGAUUGAUUCCUGGUGGUUAUGCCUGAUGAAUAGCACAGCAUAAGGCUACAUUGAUUUUCUUUUUUGUAUCGAUGUUGGAAUAAAAUGCCAGUCUUGCCAUUUACUCAGCUGGAUGCAGAAAUACAAUUCUGUUCUUGAAAUACAAUGUGUGAGUGGCUUUUAGUGGUAAUCAAGCUGUAAAAGGCCCCAUGAAUUUUAAACAAUAUUAUUAAGCAUUAGGAAUUCUUCAAUGGCAAUAAUUCAGAAUCGGGGGAGAAAAUCCAUCUACUGUAGGUCCAGUAAGAUUAAACUUUCCCACACAGUGAGGGAAACAUAGCCUCACAUAAAGAAAUAUACCGUUCAUAUUUGACCUUGGCUUCAGGACCAACACUGUUACCACGAUCCAAAUGCCCCUUUUAAUAUCCCUUCCAUUUCACAGGUUUGUGGUUGAUCGUAAUAUGAAAUAAUUAGUAGGAACAUAGAAUUGGAUAUCGUUAAAGCAUAUUGAAUAUAAUUAGCUACCAGAGAAUAACGUUGAAAUAAAUUUCACAUGCUGUGGAAUGGAAGGCACAUCCCAAAUCUAUUUGAUGGAUGACUCGAAGUGUUCCUAUUUACUGAGGUAUGGUUUAAUUACCUCUCUGACAUGGUUAUAGGGCCAAAUAACUCCCAACAUAUUUUAUAGGAAUACCAGGCUACCGCUUCAAUGGUACCAUGAAUCACUUUACUUUGGUACACAAAAGUACACAACACUGUGAGAUUGGCUUUUGGGAACUUCUCUGACUAAUGUUUUGCUUGUAUUUCAAGAGAAAGACUGUUUAACUGAACUUCAUAGAUUAGAUGUUUCAUUACACAACCCAAAUGCUCUUAUACUUUUGAUUUAAAGCAUGAACAUUGACAUGAAAAACUAAAUGUAAAAGCAUCCAAGGAACUAGCAUAUUCUGUCCCAACAGAGCGAAAGAUCCAUGGGCAUUAAAUCUAGUUGUGUAUUGUGGGUUUUGGCCACCCAUGUAUUCACUAGAGGAGACAGCUCACUUAUAGGAAACACUAAUUUUCCUCUUUCCACCAUCAUUGAAUGUAACAAUAUAUAGAGCCAUACAGCUUCUUUUCAAAUGAUAAUAUCCCUGGACCAUCAGAUAUGCAUCUGCACAUGUCAGCAAGCGAGUUCAGCAUUACUAUGAAAUGUGGCUGGAGACCCCACACAUAACCAUCAUUAUUUAUUAUUUAUAACCAUCAUUAUUUACCCGUAAUAGAAACACAUCCUCUGGUUCAACUAAAUGGAUGUGUCUUCCAUUAUAGGUGCGUUUGAAGAAACCGUGUACUGACCUAAGUAAUGGUGCCUCUCAUUAUGUGAACGAGAAUCGAAUAGCAAAAUGUGGCUCACCUCUUUUAAGACUGGUUAUACAGUGCAUUCGUCAAGUUUUUUCUUUGUUAUAAAUUUGCAAAAUUGUAUAAAAAGCUGUUUUUGAUUUAACAAUGUGGGGUAUUGUGUGUAGAUUGAUGAGGGGAAACAACUAUUUAAUCAAUUUAGAAUGAGCCUGUAACAUAACAAAACAUGGAAAAAGUCAAGGGGUCUGAAUACUUUCCGAAUGCACUGUAUAUGCCAUGGCAAUGUUUAUGUAAUGUACAGCCACAGGAGGUUGGUGGCACUUUAAUUGAGGAGGACGGGUUCAUGGUAAUCGGUGGAGCGGAAUUAGUGGAAUGGUAUCAAAUACAUCAAACACAUGGCUUGAUGCCAUUCCAUUUGCUCCGUUCCAGACAUCAUUAUGAGCCGUCUUCCCCUCAGCAGCCUCCUCUGUGUACAGACCAUACUGCACAGGGGUUUCUACUACUCCUGUGGGUAUGAGUGCAUGGAUGAGAUUUAGGUCUCCAAGAAAUACUCUCAUAUUUGUGCUAAUGUCUUCUAUAUGAAUUUUUGCUAGCAGUGUUAACCACAUUACAUUUUUACCUUCCUAAUAUGACUUAUGCUGAUAACAAUAGGAACAAUAUUAUUAACCAGUAGUCAUUUUUACAGACUUGUCAGUUUCUACCAGUGAACAGAAAAACAGCAAAGAGAAAUACAUCCUGAUCAGAGGUAGUAUAUAUUGUGACAGGUCUGCAUGCAGUUGGGGUUAUUAAAAAUGGCCUUUUCAGUUUUUCAGUUUUUCUAUUCUUCUCACAAAUUGAAUCCAGUUUCUUGAAUAGGUAGUGCUUAGUGAAUGGAAUGGCUUUAAGGAGGAAUGUGUUUGAGCAGUAAUGUACUUUUUUGUGGUGUUUGGUGCUGUAAUGACUUACUAUAAGAUAUCUAAUUUCUUAUAACUAAAAUAAAUAUCAUAUUUAGUGCCAGUACAAAUUUGGCCCCAUUUCAUAUAA